ACCAGUGGGAGCAGGCACGCGGUCACGCCUCGACGCUGUUAUAAACAUGAACACAAAGCAUAUCACCGUUGGGAAUGACUUUGGGAACCCUUUACGAAAAUUUAAACUCGUCUUUCUCGGAGAGCAAAGCGUGGGGAAGACGUCUCUGAUCACGCGGUUCAUGUAUGACAGCUUUGACAACACAUAUCAGGCAACAAUUGGAAUCGACUUCUUGUCAAAAACCAUGUACUUGGAGGACCGAACGGUGCGGCUGCAGUUGUGGGACACGGCAGGUCAGGAACGAUUCAGGAGCCUCAUCCCCUCUUACAUCCGCGACUCCACUGUGGCCGUGGUAGUCUACGACAUCACCAAUGUGAACUCGUUCCAGCAGACUUCCAAGUGGAUUGAUGAUGUGCGGACGGAGAGGGGGAGUGACGUCAUCAUCAUGCUCGUGGGCAACAAGACAGACUUGGCAGACAAGAGGCAGAUCACCAUUGAGGAGGGGGAGCAGCGAGCCAAAGAGCUGAGCGUCAUGUUCAUCGAAACCAGCGCCAAGACCGGCUACAACGUCAAACAGUUGUUUCGGCGUGUGGCUGCAGCUCUGCCAGGGAUGGACAGCAUGCAGGACGUGAGCAAAGAAGGCAUGAUUGACAUCAAGCUGGACAAACCACAGGAGCCGCCCGCCACCGAGGGAGGGUGUUCCUGUUAAUCCCUCUACCCUGAUUGGCCAGCUUCAUUACACCACAUGCUUGUUGUGUUGCUUUCUAUUGGUUAUAUCAGACUGGAUAUUCGGCUUUCACACAUGACGAGUGGUCAUUCGGUUGGAAACUUACGUUGCAUCGGUUUUUAGUUGUA